GAAGGUUACAGGGCCCCGGGGUCCGAGCCAGCGUCGGAAGCAGUAUCCUGAUGCGACUUUGACCUCGACCCGUGGCCCGGGGUCGAAGGUCACAGGUUCAGGCUACCGCCGCGCGAGGAAGCGUAGCUCGAGCCGCGAGGACCCUGCCGCUCUCCCGGUGCUUCCUCAUGGAGACCCCAGCCGGGAGCUUCGUGCCCCCCUUGCUGCUGCUGGCCUGCGCGACGCUGGUGGCCGCCCUGCUGGGCGCCGCGCACCGCCUGGGGCUCUUCUAUCAGCUGCUGCACAAGGUGGACAAGGCCAGCACCCGGCAUGGCGGGGAGAACGUGGCGGCUGUGCUGCGGGCCCAUGGCGUGCGAUUCCUCUUCACGCUGGUGGGCGGGCACAUCUCGCCGCUGCUGGUGGCCUGUGAGAAGCUGGGCAUCCGUGUGGUGGACACACGUCACGAGGUCACGGCUGUCUUUGCGGCUGACGCCGUGGCCCGCCUCACGGGCACAGUGGGCGUGGCGGCAGUGACAGCGGGGCCUGGACUCACCAACACGGUGACGGCAGUGAAGAAUGCACAGAUAGCCCAGUCUCCGGUCCUGCUCCUGGGUGGCGCUGCGGGCACCCUGCUGCAGAAACGGGGUGCGCUCCAAGCCAUUGAUCAGCUGUCCCUGUUCCGGCCACUGUGCAAGUUCUCUGCCUCCGUGCGCAGGGUGCGGGACAUCGUGCCCACCCUGAGGGCUGCCAUAGCCGCCGCCCAGUCAGGCACCCCAGGCCCCGUGUUUGUGGAGCUGCCCAUUGACGUGCUGUAUCCGUACUUCAUGGUUCAGAAGGAGAUGGUGCCAGCCAAGCCACCCAAGGGCCUGGUAGCCUGGGGGGUCUCCUGGUACCUAGAGAAUCACCUGGCCAACCUCUUUGCGGGGGCCUGGGAGCCACAGCCUGAGGGACCCCUGCCCCUGGACAUCCCCCAGGCGUCCCCCCAGCAGGUUCAGCGCUGCGUGGAGAUCUUGAGCCGGGCCAAGAGGCCCCUGCUGGUGCUCGGGAGCCAGGCUCUGCUGCCCCCGACGCCCGCCGACAAGCUCCGGGCUGCCGUGGAGACCCUGGGCGUCCCCUGCUUCCUGGGGGGGAUGGCCCGGGGGCUGCUGGGCCGCAACCACCCCCUGCACAUCCGGCAGAACCGGGGCGCUGCCCUGAAGAAGGCAGAUGUGGUCAUUCUGGCAGGAAUCGUGUGUGACUUCCGCCUGUCCUAUGGCCGCGUCCUGAGCCGCAGCAGCAAGAUCAUUAUCGCCAACCGCAACCGGGAGGAGAUGCUACUCAACUCCGACAUCUUCUGGAAGCCGCGGGAGGCCGUGCAGGGAGACGUGGGCUCCUUCGUGCUGAAGCUGGUGGGCGGCCUUCAGGGCCAGACGUGGGCCCCAGACUGGGUGGAGGAGUUGCGGGAAGCUGACCGCCGCAAGGAGCAGGCUUUCCGGGAGAAGGCAGCAAUGGCCGUAGCCCAGCACCUGAACCCUGUGCGGGUGCUGCAGCUGGUGGACGAGGCUCUGCCCGACAACUCCAUCCUGGUGGUGGACGGCGGGGACUUCGUGGGCACUGCUGCCCACCUGGUACAGCCCCGGGGCCCCCUGCGCUGGCUGGAUCCAGGGGCCUUCGGGACUCUGGGAGUUGGCGCAGGAUUUGCACUGGGCGCCAAGCUGUGCCGGCCGGAUGCCGAGGUGUGGUGCCUGUUUGGGGAUGGUGCCUUUGGCUACAGCCUCAUCGAAUUUGACACGUUUGUUAGACACAAGGUCCCAGUGGUGGCCUUGAUAGGGAACGACGCAGGCUGGACCCAGAUCUCUCGGGAGCAGGUGCCCAGUCUGGGCAGCAACGUGGCCUGUGGCCUGGCUUACACUGAUUAUCACAAGGCAGCCAUGGGGCUGGGGGCCCGGGGCUUGCUGCUGUCUCGAGACCACGAGGAGCAGGUGGCCAGCGUGCUCCGUGAUGCCCAGGAGCAGUGCCGGGAUGGCCACCCAGUGGUGGUCAACAUUCUCAUUGGGCGGACGGACUUCCGGGACGGCUCCAUUGCCGUCUGAGGCCUGCUGAGUGGAUAAAACCACUUCUUGACCCGCGAGGGGGCCCAAAGGACCCGAUUCUGGAACCUGUGCAUAUCGAUUUAUUGUCCACAAAGACGGGAGUGAAGGGGAGAAGAGGCAGGAGGGGACCCCGCUUGGCCACCGCGGGAGUGUGGGGUGGGGGGUCCUGGGGUGCUGGGCACCGCGAACCCCAGUUCCCUCCUCUGUGGUCACCUCCAGGCAUCGUCCGUGCACACGAGUCCUCACACACAGGACACGCAACACGCACGGAAGCAAUAAAUAUUUUCCGUACCAAAAA